AGAUUUUAGGGUUUCUGACAAAUUCUCCGGCGAAAUUCAAGAUCUAAACUUCGGCAAUGUCGACGAUUUCGCCGUCAUUGGCCGUAAUUUCGUUUCUUUUUCUGAUUCUUCUGAAUCUAUCUUUGGUUAUCGCUGAUCCUUCGACGGAGAUUGUUAAAGGAGGAGAGAUUAGGUUACCUUCGGAGAAGAUCAACGGUGAAAAAAACAGAAGCGAAUUCUGUGAAGGAAUUGCUAAACCGGCUUCGUGUCCGGUUCAGUGUUUCAGGCCUGAUCCGGUUUGCGGUGAAGACAGCGUUACUUACUGGUGCGGGUGUGUAGAUGCUUUGUGCCAUGGUGUUCGUGUUGUUAAACAAGGAGCUUGUGAUGUUGGUAAUGGCGUUGGUUUGUCUGUUCCUGGACAAGCUCUGCUUUUGAUACACAUUGUCUGGAUGAUGCUUCUUGGGUUUUCUAUUCUCUUUGGCCUCUUUUGAUUUGGUUCGAGUCUUUUGUGAAUCAAACAACAUAUAGAGAUUGUUUAGGUUUUCUGAUUGCGACUGAUGUAUCUU